GCAUCACUUAAUCUCAUCAUCCAUUGCAGCUUUCAGCAAUGGAGUUGAAACUCAGAAGAAAAAACAAUUGCUCAUCUGCAGUUUUGCUGAUUCUCUGCACUAUAUUGUUAUUGGUCACUACUAGCUUUGGUUCUGCAGAUGAAGGAGAGCAGCAGUAUAAGGUGGAGGAAAGCAGAAACGAUGAUGCACCAGAAAAACCAUCUUUGUGGAAGAUGACCAGAAAUGCUUUUCCUCCGUACAAAUCUUACCUGGAGAAGGCCAAAGCGCUUUUGAACCAAGGGCAAGCCUACAUCUUCCCUCCCAGUUUAGAUUUUAAGGGGAGUGGUAAUAAUAUUUAUGAUGGAGAGGAGGCUGGGAGCAGAGGAGGAGGAGGAGCUGGAGAGAAGGUGAGAGAGGUUGUGGGGAAUAGUUUCGGGAAGAGCAAAGAGACGGUUGAUUCCUCGGCUAAAUCAGCAGCCAAAUUAGUUGGGGAAACAGUGCAGAAGACGAAGGAGAAAGUGAAGAGGAGCUUUUCUGACAGAGAAAGUAGAGAACCUCAAUAUGAGCUCUAGGCUCCUCUGUUUGAGUAACAGAGCAUAUAUUAAGUUUUUGGGUUUUCUUGUAGCAUGGAUAUGCUGGUAAUUAAGUUCAAAUUUUUGUAGUGAGUGCAGAGCUUGAUAUAAAUACAAAAAAUAAAAUAAAAGAAAAAAGGAUUGGAUCAAUAUGAA